AUGGAAGCGGAAAAACAAUCUGAUAUUAAGGGAACCAUUGCUUUCGAUACUCACGGUAACGUUAUAGAGUCUACCGGCGUGGGCAGUCAAAGGAUCGAAGAUAUCGGUGAUUUAUCGAAAGUUACGCUGGAUGCAGAAGGUUUUGCUCAAGUUCAAGGAGAUUCGCUACUCGUACACCUGUACAAACGCAAUGAUAUCACUUUAGCUGUAUAUACCAGCGCUCAAUAA